AAACCUUGCCUUUCUCUCAAACUCUAACCAUGAAAAUGGCAAUGGCCAGUGCUACAUCUGCAUCCCUUCCUUUGUACACUUGUUCCAUGAUAAGAACAAACUUAACAAUCCCAACAAGGAUGGGAUUUCACCCUUCAAAUCUACGCAAGUCUUGUUCUAAAUCUAAUUUAACAUGCAAGGCAUCAGCAUCUUCUUCUUCAUCCAUGUCAGACUUGGAUUUAUAUGACCUUCUGGGAAUUGAUAGCUCCUCUGAUCAAUCACAGGUCAAGAUGGCAUAUCGUUCUCUUCAGAAGAUUUGCCACCCUGACAUUGCUGGCCCUGCUGGUCAUGACAUGGCCAUCAUACUCAAUGAAGCUUAUGCCAUUCUUUCUGACCCAAAUGCACGCUUGGCCUAUGAUAAGGAGCUAGCAAAGAGUUCAGAAUUCAAAGGCUUCACUGGCAGACCCAUAUACUCGGUUUGGUGUGGGUCAGAAAGUGAGCAGCGGGCAAUAUUUGUUGAUGAAAUCAAAUGUGUUGGUUGCCUAAAAUGUGCUUUGUUAGCUGAAAAGACUUUUGCUAUUGAAUCAAUAUAUGGAAGAGCAAGGGUUGUUGCCCAGUGGGCUGAUUCUGAACAGAAAAUUGAAGACGCAAUAGAAUCUUGUCCUGUCAAUUGCAUUUCGGUUGUUGAGAGGUCCAACCUUGCAGCUCUAGAGUUCUUGAUGUCCAAGCAGCCACGUGGCAACGUAAGAGUAGGUGCAGGUAAUACAGCUGGUGCUCGUGUCUCUAACAUAUUCGUAGAUGUGGAGAAGUUUCAGACUCGAUUCAUGCAAACAAUGGAAAAAGCUUCCAAGUGUUCUAAGGAAACAGACCUCCAAAGAGAAUCAAGAAUGUCAGCAAUUCAAGCAAUAAGAUCAGUGUCCAAUUGGUUAUACUGGCAAUCAGCUAUUGCAAGUGGUAUCUCAGCAAAACCUGACAAAAGCAUGACAAGAGUUGCAUAUAAAUUACCUGAACCAAAUAUUGGUAAGCUCAGAGAAGCUGCUGCAAGGAAGAAAGUAAGAGAUAGGAAAAGGACCAACAAUCAAACCCCAAUAAAUUGCAUUCAUCCUGAGGAGUAUUGGGCACCAUCAACUUAUGCUCUUCCAUCUUCAACUAUAAAUAUCGUUACUCCAACACCAACUACUGAGAAGCCUUCAGUUACUGCAAAACAAAAAGAAAAAAAUGAAAGAGAUCCUGAAACAUAUAAGAAUCAAGAUAGCCCUAUUAGAUGGGGAUUUCCAAUGGUUACUGCAAUGAUUGCAGUGGCUACAGUUAGAUUACAUGAAGUAGGGUCAAUAGAUGAGGUGAAACAACAUGUGGGUGGUUCUCUUCUACCUUUGGAUAUUGUUAACAGCUCUUGGUUGCAGAGUGUACUGGCAGCAGCUACAUGGUAUAUAAUUGGAAUGGCUGUUGUAGAACUUGUGGCCAUAGUUGGCAAUAGAAAUAGAUAGAAGUACAUAAUAGAAGCUUGAAAAUGUUAAUAGCAAAGAUAGAGUAUAUACAUGUAAUAAGAAGUAAUGUUAUGAUGAAACACAUGAAUUACAGCAGAUGAUGUAGUAUAAGUUCUCCAUUAAGAAUACCAUACUUGAUUAGUUCUCUGA